UUACCAUUAAAACUUCUCCCCUUUAUACGUGCCUUUUCGUCGCUGCAAUAACGCUCGGUUGUCUCGGAUUUCUCCAUAACGAGCUUCCCUCACUCUGCAUCAGCUCUCAAGAUCUCGAAUCCUAAUAGCUGGAUAUUGUUGUAUCAAUUCCAUAGUCCAUUGUUAUAUUGGUGGUCAGACUAGGGUUUUAUCUUGAGCUGAUUCAUUUUGUAACAUUCAGAUUUAGGGAUUUGCGAGUUUCUUUUCGAUUUUUUAUUUUUAUUUUUUUAGUGUUUGGAUAAUGGAAUUAAUCCGCUGUUAGGAGCCGUCUUUGAAUUAUGUUGUUUUUUUUUUUGUUUUGAUGAUUACUUUGUAAUAUAAUUUGGAUGGGGGAUUAGAAAUUAGGGUUAGGAUUUUGAUUGUUGGGUUCGUUGAUGGAAAUGGAGAGUUCACGUAGAUCGUUUGAUAGAUCGAGAGAGCUCGGCGUCAAAAAACCCAGAAUUGAGGAGUCGAACCCUAACGGUCAUGGCCGGCCCUUCUUGCAAAGACCAGUAACUUCUGCUUCCGGACCAACGUCUAGGUACAGGUCUGCUGAUAGAGACUCGGAUGGCAAUGAUUCGAGCCGUGGAGACGCGUACCACCCGCGGCCACAGCAGCAGCAAUAUCAGGAGCUUGUGACCCAGUACAAGACUGCGCUUGCGGAACUCACUUUCAAUUCCAAACCUAUAAUUACUAACCUGACUAUUAUAGCGGGCGAGAAUCUCCUUGCAGCCAAGGCCGUCGCUGCCACUAUUUGCGCCAAUAUUAUUGAGGUUCCCAGUGAGCAAAAGCUGCCAUCCCUGUAUCUUUUGGACAGCAUUGUGAAGAAUAUUGGGGGAGAUUACAUCAAAUAUUUUGCUGCCAGACUACCUGAGGUGUUCAUCAAGGCGUACAGGAAUGUUGAUCCUCCUGUUCAUCAAAGUAUGCGGCAUUUAUUUGGGACAUGGAAAGGGGUUUUUCCUCCUCAGACACUUCAAAUAAUUGAGAAAGAACUUGACUUUACUCCUUUAGUUAAUGGCUCAUCUACAGGAGCUGUAUCUAGACCUGAUUCACAGUCGCAACGCCCACCACAUAGCAUUCAUGUAAAUCCCAAGUAUUUGGAGAGGCAGCGCCUUCAGCAGUCUAGCAGGGCCAAAGGAAUGCCUAAUGACAUCACUGGGGCUAUUUCUGGCACAACUGAAGGAAUGGAUAAGUCAGACAGAGCAUCCGCUGUUACUUCUCGCCCCUGGGCGGAUCCUCGGAUCAAAAUGCAGAAUAUCCAGCAUUCUCGCAAAGAUGCAAUAAGUGAUUCUGUUCGUGAGAAGAGCAUUAGUGCUGCAUAUGGGGACUUUGAGUAUGGCUCUGAUCUUUCAAGAGCUCCAGGUUUGGUGAUUGGAAGAACCGAUGGUAGGGUUACGGAACAGGGGCAUGACAAAUCUUUGUAUGGAUCUGGCAAUAGUGCUUCAGGGACAAUAUCUGGUCAAAGGAAUGGUUUCAAUGCCAAGCAUGGGUUACCCAGUUAUUCAAGUCUUAAAUCUGCAAAUAUUGAUUCGCAUCCAAAACAAGCUCAAAGCAUAGUGAGUAGGUCCAGCAGUGGACUGUCUAGUAGCUGGAAGAAUUCUGAGGAAGAGGAGUUCAUGUGGGAAAUGCACUCUAGGGUUGCAGACCAUGACAUAUCUAGUCUCUCCACGAACUUGAGGAAAGAUCAUUGGGCUCCUUAUGAUUCAGAAAAAUUGGGAUAUGAAAGCCACCUCCGGAAACCACAUAGUGUACAUGAUAUUGGGUCAAAAUUUGAGAGAGAAAACUCAGCUGAUUCACUGCCUAAUGAACAGAAAGAACAUGCUACAUAUGGCCAUCAAACGCUCUCACCAUGGAGAUCACCGGAGUUACACUCAGUGGAUGGGCUUAUCAGUUCUGGGACUCGUAUUAUUAGUUCUCAUCAUUCUCAAGGCCAUUCUGCAUCUUUUGGUGGGUUGCCGACAAAUUCAAGUUCUUUAUCCAGGGUAGGAGAUCAGCAGCAAAUGGGUUCAUCUCAUAUGGUAGCCUCAGGCUUUGGGUCUCUUGAAACCUUAGCGCAACCACGAUUUCAGCCUAUUGGAGGUGCAUCACCAUCUGGACACUCACCCGUUCACCAGCGUCCUUCCUCGCCUCCAUUUUCAGCACGCCAUGGCCGUCAACAGUUGCAAAAUAUCAUUGAGCAAGACCAUCAACUAGCGCAGCCAGCACCUCAUCCCGACUUCAGAACUUCUCAGUAUAGAGGGCAGUUGGCUGGUAACCAAUCCACCAAAGAGCCUUCCACAGUCUUCUCUUCUGAUAUUCUAUGCAGUAACCUGCAAAAGUCACAGCCUCAGGAUUUACGGGGUCCAUCUCCUUCAGAUCAGACUCAAAGGCCACCCUCAACCAUUGGAAAUUCUGCACCACAUUCAGAUCCUCUUGCUACCGAUACAUUAGGACAAUUGAGCACGAGUAGUUUAUUGGCAGAAGUCAUGAAAAGUGGAAUUUUCUCAAACAACGCAAUUACUGUUAAGACCCCUAAUAGGGGUUCUUUGGAUACUGUACAGUUGCUGUCAAAAUCAACUAUUCAACCUCCUCUGCCAAGAGGGCCUACCCCAGCAUCUGCUACCUCAGAUAUUUCUGAGACAAAGGUGGAACAGCCACCAUUGUCACUUGGUCCAGCACCUUCAUCAUUAUCACAAACUUCUGAUGCUGUGAGUAAGACCCCCGAUCCAAUUUCAAAUCUGUUGAGCUCUUUAGUUGCAAAGGGUUUGAUAUCUUCAUCAAAGACAGAGACUGCAAAUACCAUGUCAUCUCAGAUGCCCUCUCAACUGAAGAUUGUGGACUCAAUCACUGCUACCCCUAUCUCCACUCCAAUUACUUCUGUUCCGACUUCCUUAGUUGGUUCUCAUUUGUCCAUUGUGGAUGAAACUUCUGUUUCAGAACCUACUGGCAAUAGCUCUGAUUCCUUGGCUCAAUCCUCCAAAAUUCGGGUAGAAAAUAUCAUAGGUUUACAGUUUAAGCCAGAUGUAAUUCGAGAAAUGAAUCCAGAUGUGAUCAAUGGGCUAUUCGAUGACCUUCCUCAUUGUUGCAGCUCAUGUGGCCUUCGACUUAAACUAAGAGAACAACUGGAUAGACAUUUGGUAUGGCAUGCUUCACUUAAGGCACCUGAGCCAAGUUGUUCAAGUUGGGUAUCAAGGGGGUGGUAUUCAAAUGUGGACGACUGGGUUUAUGGGCGGGUAGUACUUCCCUUGGUUUCUGAUUCUGCAGUUCCCGUCAAAGAGUCUGAGGAGGGAACAGACAGGAAUGCAGCAAUGGUGCCUGCAGAUGAAAAUCAGUGCGUAUGUGUUUUGUGUGGUGGGAUGUUUGAAGAUUUUUUUUGUCAAGAAAGGAAUGGAUGGAUGUUUAAAGGAGCAGUGUAUCUGACUCGUCCAUUGGGAGAUGAUGAGAUGGAAACAGCACAUAAGAGGGAUGUCAAUGUCGUCAUUGUGCAUGCAGACUGUAUGUCAGAGACUUCGGUUCAUGACUUGGGACUGAUCAGGGAUGUCAAAAUGGAAAAAGAUUCAUAAUGCGACAAGACAUCCUACAUAAUACAGGCGCCAUUGGUAGAAACUGAGAGAGGAAAUCCAGGUUUACUGUGCAUGUGCAUCACUUAAUUAGUGGUUACUUCAUGCAAAUUUUAUGGUGCCUCCAAGAUAUGGGCAGCUCUCUUGUAGUUUCUUCCUUUAUUUUUUGGCUGGUUUUAGAUUUUGGUUUAUGGUAGUAGUAUUCAAGAAAAAUACAUAUUAAUGCCAUUGCCAGGUAAUUUGCAGCUCAACUUUUGUUGCUGAUAUGGUGUGUCGGUUCAUUUCAUCUUUUCUUGCUAAUUUGGUUGAUGAGUUCCGUUAUCUUUUCUUUUUAUCCUGGAACAUAAAACUUUGGGUCAUCUUUUCUUUUUAUCCUGGAACAUAAAAUUCUGGGUCGAUUGAUAUCAACAUCCAAUGCUGCUUGCAAAAAGAUAGGAAAUGUUGAUGCAUUCCAUUUCGGCUCCACAGUUAUCAUAUGGCAGGCCUAUCUAUCAUUAAGAUAGUAAUGAAGUUUCCUUGUGUUCAUCAGUUGUUCAUUUUUUUCCUUCUAUAUCUUCUGGAUUGCAGUUAUAGACAUGGAAUUAAAUCUUCUAUUGAAUACAAUGUUUUACUUUUUUCUGUUUUUUGCAAGUAA